UGCCGGCCUAUAUAAUAGGCGCCAAUACCUCCAAUGUCCGUCCGUCUUCCUCACCACCGGUCGGCGAUCAGUAGCCAACUUUAGCCAGACACACGGACGCUGACCGUUGGCUACGGGGAGGUAUGGCGAGGACACACAUGGCUGUCGCCGUGGCCCUCUUGUUGGUGGUGGUGGUGUGCUGCGCCGCCGUCUCCGAGGCCGCGAAGGCGCCGCCGCCGCCGCCGCAGCACAGGCUGCCGCCCAGGUUUCGCAUGAUCAACCCGGGUAGGCCUGGCUUGGGCAAGAGGGACCAGGAGCUCUCCCUGUCGUGCGCGGACACCAAGGGCAAGAAGAAGGGCUGCAUGGCCAAGUGCGACAAGCGCUGCCCUAACCAGUGCAUCGUCAUGUGCCCCAGCUGCAAGACCUUCUGCAUGUGCGACUUCUACCCCGGCGUGUCGUGCGGCGACCCGCGCUUCACCGGCGGCGACGGCAACAACUUCUACUUCCACGGUAAGAAGGACCAGGACUUCUGCGUCGUCUCCGACGCCGACCUCCACAUCAACGCGCACUUCAUCGGCAAGCGCAACCCCACCAUGAGCCGCGACUUCACCUGGAUCCAGGCCCUCGGCAUCCGCUUCGCCGACCACCGCCUCUACAUGGGCGCCAAGAAGACGGCCAAGUGGAGCAACGACGUCGACCGCCUCGAGCUCGCCUUCGACGGCGCGCCCGUCGACGUCCCCGCGCAGCUCGGCGCGCGCUGGGAGUCCGCCGCCGUGCCCGGCCUGACCGUCACCAGGACCGCCGCGACCAACGGCGUGAGGGUGCAGCUCGCCGGCGUGUUCGACAUCAUGGCCAACGUGGUGCCCGUCACGGAGCAGGACUCGCGCGUCCACAACUACGGCGUCACCGAGGAGGACAGCCUCGCGCACCUCGACCUCGGCUUCAAGUUCUACGACCUCUCCGACGACGUCCAUGGCGUCCUCGGCCAGACCUACCGCUCCGACUACGUCAACAAGCUCAGCGUCAGCGCCAGCAUGCCGGUCAUGGGCGGCGCACCCAGCUACGUCGUCUCUGACAUCUUCUCGACCGACUGCACCGUCGCCAGGUUCGGCCGCCGUGCCGGCAUCUCCAUGGUCACUGCCACGGCCAGUUAA